AUGUCGUUAGUGGAUUUUCAAAGAGCCUUCGAUACGAUAAAACACAUAACCAUCUGGAAAGCUUUGAGAGAAAAAGACGUACCUGAAAAAAUAAUCCGCAUGAUUAAAAUCCUUUAUCGUGAUGCUACAAGCUGUGUAUUACAUAAAGGUCAAGUUGGGGAGAAAAUUUCUAUUGCAGUAGGUGUAAAACAGAAUUGUGUAGAAAAGAAAGAACCACUGGGGAUCCAACGGGGCCUCUUAAACAGGCUAGAAGACCUGCAUUAUGCAGACGUUCUAUGCGUCUUUACCCAUUCACUUUCGGAUAUGUCUCAAAAACUUCUUAGACUCCAUGAGAAAGCUAAUAAAGUCGAUCUUCAAAUCAAGGUGACAAAAACCAAAAAAAUUAAGUCAAAUACUCCCAACUGUAUAGGGUAUAGAGGGGUGGGGCUGUAUUGGGUUCAUUCUAUGCAGACCUCACAGAGAUAUCGCAAGACAGGCAGUAGAAUGGAAUCCACAGGGGAGACGCGCCAUCACGCGGAGAGUCAUGGAAUACCUGGAGAAGAACAGUAA